AUGGAAGAACUGUGGUACGAGCAGCCUGCAAACGACUGGAAUGAAGCCUUACCAGUCGGCAAUGGGCGUCUCGGCGCUAUGGUCUAUGGCCGCACGGACACGGAGAUGUUGCCACUAAAUGAAGACUCAAUAUGGUAUGGAGGUCCCCAGGAUCGCAACCCCCGAGAUGCGUUCAAAUCCCUUUCUCGGCUACGACAGACCAUUCGUGCCGGAGAUCAUGCAGCGGCCGAGAAGCUGGCCGCGCUUGCCUUUUUCGCCAAUCCGAUCAGUCAACGACAGUAUGAGCCUCUCGGUACUCUGUUCAUGGACUUCGGUCAUAGGCCAGAUCAUGUUACUGCGUAUCGACGAUCGUUGAAUAUUGAGGAUGCCACAGCAAAUGUUGAGUACAAUUACCAGGGACAUCAUUGGAAGAGAACGAUCUUCGCCAGUUAUCCUGACAACGUCAUUGCUAUUCGUGUUUCAUCUGGGAUUAAAUCGAACUUUGUCCUCAGAUUGACUCGGAUGAGCGAGCUUGAAUUUGAGACCAAUGAGUAUCUGGACGAUGUCUGCGCCCAUGGUGACUAUAUCAGGAUGCACGUUACCCCGGGAGGCUGGAAUAGUAACCACGCAUGCUGUAUCGUGGCCGUUCAUUGCUUGGAUGAUAAAGGGGACGUCAACCCAAUUGGGAAUAAUUUGGUAGUAAACUCCAAGGACACCGUCAUCCUGAUCGCUGCACAAACUACCUUCCGUCACCCAGACACUGACCAGCGCACUUCACAAGACAUCCAGAAUGCUCUCAAUCAUCUCCGUGAUUCUGUUUCAGAGAUGCGUCAAAGACACCUUGUGGACUAUCGGUCACUAUAUGCCCGAAUGAAUCUCCAAAUGAGCCCUGGUCAUCCUGAAAUCCCAACCGACAAGCGUAUCCAGGAUUCUCGAGAUCCUGGCUUGAUCGCGCUUUACCACAACUACAGCCGAUACCUUCUGAUAUCCUGCAGUCGUGGCGGAGAGAAAGCUCUUCCUGCAAAUCUACAAGGCAUCUGGAAUCCAUCAUUUCACCCUGCAUGGGGCUCAAAGUUCACCAUCAACGUCAACCUGCAAAUGAAUUACUGGCCCGCAAAUGUCUGCAACUUAUCCGAAUGCGAGCUCCCACUCUUCGACCUGUUAGAGAGAAUGUCUGAAACAGGCAAAACCACAGCUCGGGUCAUGUAUGGAUGUCGCGGCUGGGCUGCCCAUUCUUGCACCGAUAUUUGGGCCGACACCGCCCCAGUUGACAGAUGGAUGCCGGCAACUAUCUGGCCACUUGGUGGUGCUUGGCUAUGCUAUCACAUCUGGGAGCGGUUUCAGUUUACGGGGAAUCACGACUUUCUUCGACGUAUGUUUCCUGUUCUACGAGGGUGUGUGGAGUUUCUCAUUGAUUUCCUGGUUGAGGAUGAGACUGGAGAAUACCUGAUUACAAGCCCAUCUGUAUCGCCAGAAAACUCGUUCUACGACAAGGGACAAAAAGGUGUAUUAUGCGAAGGAUCCACAAUCGAUAUCCAGAUCAUCAGUGCUAUCCUGGCUGCCUUUGAGUCAUGUGUCAAUGCGUUGGGGAUAAAAGAUCCUCUAGUAUUUUCAGUCGACACUGUUCGCGCUCGUCUCCCACCGAUGAAAAUCAGCCGUUUGGGAAGUCUCCAAGAGUGGGCUCUGGACUACGAUGAGUUUGAGCCGGGACAUCGCCAUACUUCGCAUCUGUGGGCCUUGUACCCAGGAAACGCCAUCACGCCAACGAAAACCCCCGAGGUGGCAGAGGCCUGCGGUGUUGUACUCCGUAGACGAGCCGAGCACGGCGGUGGCCAUACAGGCUGGAGUCGAGCGUGGCUCAUCAAUCUGCAUGCUCGUUUGCUUGAAGCUGAAGAGUGCCGCAAACACUUGGAUUUGAUUUUGUCUCAUUCUACUCUUCCUAAUAUGCUGGACAGUCAUCCGCCAUUCCAAAUCGAUGGCAACCUUGGUGGGGGAGCGGGUAUUGUCGAGAUGCUCGUGCAAUCGCAUGAGCCAGGCUUGAUCCGACUUCUUCCUGCAUGUCCGAACUGUUGGACAGGGUCCAUUCGCGGGGUAAAGGCACGCGGCGGAUUUGAAAUACAUUUUAGUUGGGAAAGUGGGUGUAUUGUUGGUCAAGUAAUGGUUAUUUCGCAAGGGAAUGAGACAACCAUUUGUUUUCCUGGUGAGAAUGGGCGGAGGGUGAAGAUUAAGGGGUCUGAUGCCCAUCGAGGAUAUCAUUUUAUAAAUGCAUAG